UUCCAUGGCUACCCGGCGACAGGCCGGGGCAGCCAGGCCACCGAGUGGACGUGCAGCGGCGGCAGCGGAGGCGGCGGCGUAGGUGACAUGAGCGCGGCAGGGGUGGCAGCCGGGCAGCGGCCCCCUAGCUCGGGAACCCAGGGCUCCCGGGGCGCAUCGCGCCUGCGCCAGCGCCAGCCAGCAGUCCUCCAGCACCCCGGGCAGCACGCCACUCAGCUCGGGAUCAGCGAGGCACAGAAGCGGGUCCUGGACCUGGAGAAGAGCCUGCAGUUCCUGCAGCAGCAACACUCGGAGACGCUGGUCAAGCUCCACGAGGAGAUUGAGCACCUGAAGCGGGAGAACAAGGAUCUCCAUUAUAAGCUAAUAAUGAAUCAGAAGCCACAGAAGAAAGGCAGCAUCUCCAAUUCCAGCUUUCAGUCCAUCAAGUCUGUCUCAAAUUCGACGGUGUCAGCCAGCUCUCAAGGCAAGGCCAGGCCCCAGCCCAGCUCCUUCAAGAAGCAAGACUCGAAAGCUGACAUUCCCCAGAAGGUGGACCUGGAAGAGGAGCCCCCUGUCGCCGCCUUGCUCCACAGCAAGCUGGACAGAGCCCCUGGGGCACAGGGGCCAGCCAAAGAUGAAGAAGUGGAGACUUUUAAUCCAGAGGCUACCUCGGUGGCAGGCAGCCAGCACAAGGGCAAGCAGGUGAUGGGGGCACCCCCCUUGAUGAGUCUGCCCCCGCACUUGCGUAAGCACACCUCGAUUCAGCAGUGUGAGGUGGUCAUCCGCCAGCUGUGGAACGCCAAUCUCUUGCAGGCCCAAGAGCUGCAGCACCUCAAGUCCCUCCUGGAAGAGACCCAGAGGCCUAAGGCUGCCCCCGAGGAGGCUGAUCUGAAUUCUCCCAAGGAACAGGAGGUCACGCAGCUCCCCAAGGUCCCCAAGGGUGUCUCUAAGAAAUGCCUGAUCCUGAGCCCAGUGCCCGCAGCGGAGCGUGCCAUCCUGCCUGCACUGAAGCAGACCCUGAAGAGUAACUUUGCCGAGAGGCAGAAAAGGCUGCAGGUGGUACAGAACCGGCGGCUGCACCGCUCGGUGCUCUGAGUGUUCCCGGCAGCCCCAGUCACAGCUGGAGAUACUAACCCUCUCUAGGUAGCAUCCCAAAAGAAUUCUAAUUCCACAUAAACCAAACUCACGGCAGAUAAAGUCCUUGUUCUCAGAACUGAGAAACUGUUUAUUUUCUUGCUCAGUAUUUAGCUAUUCUGCAUUUACACAAAAACACAUUAUAAAUUUUACCCCACCUGUUGAAGACAAAAUAAAGCUCAUUUCUCCCA